AUGAUUCGUGCCGCCCUCACAAAUGUUGCUCGCCCUGCUCUUCAGGCACGGUCUGCGACCACGCUCUCGGCCGGUUUCCCCAAGGUGACCCAGCGGAUGCCCUCCAAGUACGGCGGUGUCUACACCGUGACCCUCAUUCCCGGUGACGGCAUCGGCAACGAGAUUACCGACUCCGUCAAGGAGAUCUUCGAGUAUGUCAACGCCCCCAUUGAAUGGGAGCAGUACAACGUUUCUGGCAUGUCCUCCGAGGGCGAGGUUCUCUUUAAGCAGGCUAUGGAGAGUUUGAGGCGCAACCGGGUCGGUCUCAAGGGUAUUCUCUUCACCCCCAUCUCCCAGUCGGGUCACAUUUCGUGGAAUGUCGCCAUGCGCCAGCAGCUCGACAUCUACGCGUCUGUCGUUCUCUGCAAGUCUCUCCCUGGCUUCCCCACCCGUCACAACAACGUCGACUUCGCCAUUAUCCGUGAGAACACGGAGGGUGAAUACUCUGGCCUUGAGCACCAGAGCUACCCCGGUGUCGUCGAAAGCUUGAAGGUGUCCACCCGCGCCAAGGCUGAGCGUAUCUGCCGCUUCGCAUUCGACUUCGCGCUCAAGAACAACCGCAAGGAUUACAAGGCCACCGGCAUCGAGUACAACGACAUGAUUGUCGACAACACCUCCAUGCAGCUCGUCGCACGCCCGACGCAGUUCGAUGUCAUGGUCAUGCCCAACUUGUACGGCGCUAUUGUGUCCAACAUUGGCGCGGCCCUCGUCGGUGGUCCCGGCAUUGUGCCCGGUUGCAACGUUGGCAGGGAGUAUGCGCUCUUCGAGCCAGGACAUCAUGGGCACCAACCGGCUAACCCCGCGGCCAUGAUCCUCAGCUCUACCAUGAUGCUCAGGCACCUUGGUCUUGACCAUCUCGCGGACAACAUUGCCAGCGCGACGUUCAACGUCAUCAACACCGGCGAAGUUCGCACCGCGGACAUGGGCGGCUCCGCGACGACCUCCGACUUCACCGCUGCCGUUAUCAAAAGCCUCCAUAGAGCGUCCUCACCUUCACCACGGCGUUUGGGAUAA